GACGCUUUGUUUGUUGUACAGGAUAUUGUUGCAAUUAUAGUUAUGUUUUCCCUUUGUUAGUGUUGUAAGUAAAUUGAAAAAAGAAGUGUGCAGAAGUGAGAGUGUUAAAAAAGUAUAAAACGCCGAAUGAACGACACAAUGGUGACCCCUAGUCCGAGCUCUGGGAUGGAGUUUGAUAUUUAUCAGUAUUUUACGACACCCAGUCCAGUAAGCCUAGCGGGCUACAACCAGCUCUGUUCUGAGUUCAAUCUGGGGACUGAUCAGUUCGACGUUUGUGGGGCCAUCGUUCUUAGGAUGGGGACCUCCGCCUAUGCAGCGUUUCUGCUGAUAACGUCCAUCAUGUUGCUGAGAUACAACAAGACUGAGAAAGGCUACGAGGACAUAGAAGUAAAGUACUCCAAACUGAGGAUGCACAAACUCACCUGGCUACUCCUUAUCUUCACCCUCAUGUUCGAGCACUACCAACUCGCUACCUGGUUGGUUCUGUUCUGGAGUAACCCUCUGAUAAAAGCGUACGCUAUCUCAGUCUACCUCAUAGCUACUCCUGCUGCUUGGAUUUAUUUCUACAGAGUGGAGAAGUACCAUGUUAACCCUAUCUUCUUAGUCGGGCACACAAUGUAUACCGGAGUGGUAGCUUGCAUUAACUACAUGCUAUUCGUGUCCUUCCUUCCCCAAGCUUCUCAAGCAGAUGGUCUCUCUGGAAUGGAUGUCAGGUUUGCAAUGUCUGGUUUGGCUCUGUUGGCUCUCAGUAUACAUACUGCUAUCUGCUUCAUCAACAUCUUCAUACCGAGGACAAACAAGACGGACUACACGAAAUUAAAUCUGGAUGACGAUAAUGACGAGGAUGACGACAAAAAGGAGCAAGAGGUGAAGAUUAGUUACGACGACGACCCAUUCCCUGAGCAGCUUAUACUGUGGUUUGUAGGCCCCGUUCUAUGGAAGCACAGGAAGCAGACGUUUUCUAAAAGAGAUCUGGGAAAGAUACCUGACAGAUUUGAUCCUAUGGGGUUCUCAGAGAGGAUGUGGAUCGUUUAUAAUAAGAAUGAGAAAAUGCAAAAGCACCUUAGACUACUGUGGGCUCUGUUCCGGUCCUGUCUGAUGCCGGUGGUAACCACGUUUGGGUUGAUGAUGUUGGUAGAGGUGUUCACUUUAGCACCUCCUCUCAUGCUGGGUACCAUGAUCACGUUCGUGGAAAAUGGAGGUACUCAAGUUGAGGACCCCCUGUAUCUGACCAUCGGAGAAGCCGUAACUAACGGAUUUAUGAUUUGCGGCUUCAUGAUAAAUCUUAUGGCAGGCAGGUCGAUUCUGUCUACCUACGCUCAGCUCAUCAAGAAGAAUGCUGUCCUUAACGCAUUUAAUACCAUGCAGUUCAGUGUUGGACAGAAGGUGUUAAAGUUGGAAUCUCUCAAACACAACGAAGAGUACAAGUUUGGAAAGAUUAUAAACUUGAUGUCACAGGACGUGAAAAAGACGACAAACUUCCUAAACUUCAUCCCUGGCUAUAUCAUCAUUCCACUAAAGUUCUGUGCUAUAAUGUACAUCAUGUUAAAUGUGAUUGGUAAAGCUGUUUACAUCGCCUUCCCCGUAUCAUUUGUGCUGUAUCUGUCCCAAGUGAUCAUAAUCAGACUGACAGUGAAAUAUAGGAAGGAGAGACUGGAAGUGUUGGACAACCGAAACACUGAAGUUAAAAACAUGUUCAACGUCAUACGACUCCUCAAGAUAUACAACCUUACUGAUGUCUACAGACAAAGAUUAUCGGAUAUAAGGGACGCUGAUAUCAAGUUGGGUACAAAACUAGCCAUCCUCGGCUCGUUAACUCAAGUUAUUGGAGGAUGUUACUCGAUGGUUUUCCUAGUAACUCUGUUCAUUGUAUACUGGGUAAUGUACGAUGAUAUCAUGGAUACAGGCACUGUGUUUAUGAGCCUUGGUCUCAUCAUGUCCCUCAAGAAGAACCUUAUGUCUUUCAGUACUCAACUCACUGCUGUCGGAAAGUGCUACGUGAGCGUGAAUCGUAUAGUGGAAUUCUUUAAUCUGACGGAGAUAGCUGGUCUACCCGGAAGUAACAAGAAGAAUAUGGAGUAUUACACCAAGUUUAAAGAUGAUACUCUAGUCAUUACCAACGCUUCGUUCCAGUUCGCUAACACAGACACCCUUGUGCUGAGAAACAUAAACUUGUCAAUACCACGCGGAAAGCUCACUGUCAUACUGGGCCCGUGUGCCUGUGGCAAGACUUCUCUCCUGCAAACCAUGCUCGGUGAGAUGAAAAAAGUGGAAGGUAACGUUAUCUGGUUGGACCCAGCUAACAGUGUAGGUCUCUCCGCCCAGGUUCCGUGGAUAUUCAACGCAACUCUCCGCAAGAAUAUUAUCAUGGACGCUCCUUUCGACGACCUCAGAUAUUCGAGGGUUGUCAAGGCUUGUCAACUAAUAGAAGAUAUUGAUAUGUUCCCAGCGGGGGAUAUGUCUGAGUUAGGACCCAAAGGUACAACACUUUCGGGAGGCCAGAAACAGAGAACCUCCCUUGCACGUGUCGUGUACUCCAAAACUCAGACGGUCUUGUUAGACGACCCAUUUUCGGCUCUGGAUAACUCGGUCGCUAAGAAGGCGUUUAAUGGAGCUAUUAAGAAUCUGUUGCUUGGAACCGGCAGAACUGUCGUUAUGGUCACCUCAUCUCAAGGUUAUGCCAAGCUGGCGGACCAUGUGGUGAUUAUGACUGAUGGGGAGAUAGAGGCUCAAGGUAAACCCAUCACGUUAGAGGAGAAGGGGUACAAGUUUGAGAACGCGUUCGGCACUAAUAGCACGACUGUAAAAGUGGGGAGAAGAGCUCAGAGAAUGGGAGAAGGGAAAACAGAUGAAAGUUCUGAGAACACGGAAACAUCCGGAGGUCGUGGAGGGAGAGGAGGAGGAGGACGAGGGGGAGGUGGUGGACGAGGUGGGCGUGGGGGUGGAAGAGGCGGAAAAUCAGGCGGGGAUGAUAGUUCUGAGAAGAAGCCAACAGGUCCUCUUACUAACGUGACGAUCACGUACAGUGUUGAUCCUUACAACGGCAGAAAGCUUGCAGAGGCCUCCAAUGGAACGGAUUUGCAGACAAACGAGGCCGGGACACCUAUUGAUAAGAAGGGAGUUCCACUAAUGCUGAAUGAAGAUGGGACUUGGAGCCAGCAGUCAGACGCUAGGAAGAUAGAGAUUGGUAAAAACGAGCAAGGAGUGAAAGUGGGGGUCUUAAUGGGAAAGAAGGGCCGUAAAGAGAUUCCUCUCAAUGAGCACGAUACCCCAUUAGAUAAAAUCGGGGUCCCGAUGGUACUGUUAGAGGGUUGCACUGAUAUCUGGGUCUCUACUACCUCCAAGGAGAAACGCCUGGAGUUGCUGGUGCAGCAAGGGAAGAUUUCGGAGGAUACGAAAGCUAAAAAAACACGUGGAGGCGGUGGUGGCCGAGGAGGUGGUGGUGGCCGAGGAGGUGGUGGUGGCCGGGGUGGGGGUCGUGGUGGUAAAUCUGAAAAAGUAGAGUCGAAUUCGGGAAAAGAUGAAGCAGAGGAAAAAAAGAGCAGUGGAAAAGACGGAAAAAAAGGGGGCAGGGGAGGAAGAGGCGGAGGAGGAAGAGGAGGAGGCAGAAAAAGAUUUGCUAAGGAUGAAAACGGAAACUGGGUAAUAAAGACAGGAAAGGAGGAGGACGGGAAGCUGAUCCGAGAAGAGAAGGUAAUGAUAGGUCACGUCAACAGAACAGUAUACGCCAGAUUCAUCAAGGACUUUAAGAUCAGUCUUAUUCUCCUGGCCCUUUCCCUCAUGAUCAUCAACAUGUGCAUACAGACAACAUCAGUGAUAUGGCUAACUAUGUGGACCAGUACAAACAGAGUGGGUUACCUUGACAACAGCACCAUGAACCAGACCCAGUUAGAGAACCACCAUAUCCAGAACAUCUUCCCCGACUCUAACUCUAGCGAUCUCUACAAUCAGAGCGCACUUUAUCAGCAUGUUUAUAAUAAGAGUAACCACGACAGAGUGUACAGCAAGGCACUGGACGGGGUAUUAGAACUACAUCGCAACGCGUCGCGUAGCAACGAGUCAACACUAUUAGAGCCCAUCGUAAAAGAGGACCAAGUCACAGGAUACGACGCUACUUAUGUGUUCUUUACGAGCAGACCUACACAAUUCUACAUUCUCUGCUAUGUGACAAUCGUACUUACAGCUAUAUUCACCAACGUUUUAAACAGGAUUUACGUGAAGUUGAUGUGUUUCAAGUUAUCAAAGCGCAUGUUCAUGAGAAUGUUGGAUACACAGUUCGCAGCAACAUCGCGCUACUACGACGAGACACUAGUCGGCAGAAUUAUCAACAGGUUCACAAUGGAUAUGAACAAUGCUGAGCAGUCUGGAAUAAGAAGCAUUCUUGCGCUAAUUAUGGGUAUUCUUGGUAACAUGAAGUUUAUUGUAAUGCAGUUGUUUGUCUCCUGGUAUGUCAUCCUCUUCUACAUUCCUGCAUUCUUCGUCAUCUUCCAGCUCCAGAACUUACAGCUGCAAACUUCAAGACAGAACAGACGUUUGACUGCAGUAUUAAGGACACCAGUUAUUGAGUCUAUUACUAACAUCAUGGAAUCAGUCACUUCUAUUCGAGCGUACGGAGUAGAGAAAUACAAGCUAAAAGAAUUUAAUGAUCAUCUGAAAAAGAACGCCUGUUCCAGACUUUGGGGGAUAUAUUUUGGUUCAUGGACGGGACUCUACAUUUGUUUCAUUAGUGUCAUCUUCGUAGGUUUUGCCUCUUUGAUGAGUAUCGCUGCGUGUUUGUCUGGAUAUGUACACCCUGCCCUCAUGGGAAUAGCCCUUCUCUAUACUUUCCAGGUGACAAGACAAGUAUCAGGACUUACUAAAAAGUACGCUUCGAUGGAGCAAAACUUUAGCGCAGUUGAGAGGUUAUACCAGCUAGAGGAUGAAACCCCUCCUGAGUACGAUUGUCCUACAUCAAUUCCUCGACCAAACUGGCCACAGUACGGCUUCAUCAAAAUCAAGAACCUGAAAUGUCGCUACGACGAGGCCCUGGGUGACGUGCUGCAGGAUUUAACGUUCGACAUCUGUGCGGGCCACAAGAUCGGGGUCUGUGGCAGAACCGGAUCCGGGAAAAGCUCGUUCGGGCUCGCUAUGUUGAGAAUGCUCCCAAUCCGUGAGGGAACCAUUACGAUAGACGGCAUCAAUAUCAAUGAAGUUUCACUAGGGAAACUGAGAGACUCCAUUACUAUCAUACCUCAAGAACCCAUACUUUUUGAAGGAACGAUCCGACAAAAUCUUGAUAUAUCAGGCAAAAAGACAGAUGAGCAACUCUGGACCGCUCUGGAGAUCGCUCUUGUCAAGGAUGCUGUCUCGGACAUGCCGGACGGACUUGACACUAAAAUAGUGGACGAGGGAGAUAAUAUCAGCAAAGGACAAAGACAGUUGAUCUGUUUUGCCCGAGCUUUCCUUCGAAAUACCCGGAUCUUCAUUCUAGAUGAGGCAACUGCUGCUUUAGAUGCAGAUACAGAUCAGAGAAUACAAAGGGUAAUAUCAGACCGGUUCAAGCAGUGCACAGUGAUCACAGUAGCCCACAGAGUAAACACCAUCGUGGACAGUGAUAUGAUCCUCGGACUGGAAAACGGCAAAAUUGUAGAGUAUGACACCCCGCAAAACCUUUUGUCCUCCAACAAGUCAAUGUUUAGGAGAUUAGUUAAUAAGAGUUUGUCGUGAAGUGAUACAUCAUUAUUUCACUAUACUGAUAACGUUGCUAUGAGAACUGAGAUGGACAAAUACCGUGAUUUAGAAUGUGAACGUUUAUAUGUUGACCGUGACCGGAUCCAAACAGAAUCAGUCAUGUAAUCACAAAUGAAUCGAGCACAGUUUUUAUCUAUCUAUAUACUAGGACUGAUCAGCAAAUAUUUGUGGUUUUACUUUCUGGAAUUUACUGAGAGAAAGAUUGUUUUAAAUAGUUAAAUUAUUUUACUUCAGUUCAGAUAACUAGCUGACUAGCUUUACUGUUGAGAAAGAUGACGUGGUCAUGGGAUAUCUUGACCCUCUUUGAUAAUGACCCCUAAUUAUGAAAAUUACCCUAAUUACGGAUAGGAAACACGAUAUUUUCUAUGCUAGCGUAGGAUUAUGACCAUCGCCAUUCAAGAGUAAUUCUAAUCUAUAUUCAGUCGAAGGGACUAAUAUCUAUGUUUGGUCACAUUUUGAUCAAUAAAAAUCAUUGAAGAUAUUCAAUGAGUUUAUAUGCUGAAAUUUUAAAGACUUUUGUACAUAGUGUACAUGUUACGAUUAUGUUAAUUUGUAUCAGAAAUCAGAAUUUGGAUAGAUUAUUUAUUUUUAACUUCUACUAGAAUACACUUGUGAUGCAUUGAUAAAAUUAUUGUUAACAAUUUGAUGAACGCGUAUUGGGUCAAUACAAGUUCUACUGUAGGCUUC